AAUGGCGCACCGCCGCCUGACAAGAGUAAUGGACAUGAAUUGAUGUUGAUUCCUACUUGCCGCUAGCUUCUCCUGCAUCUGGGCGCGGAGGUCGACAUGCCAGAUCGAGAAGGCAACGCCGCGCUGCACUUGUGAGGGCUGAAACGAUUCCACGGUGUAAUCGUGCGAUGCUGCAACGUAAAGUGUAUCGCUGACCAAUAUGCAAAAUGCAACCCACAGCGCCUCUGCUUGGGGGCAUUUGACCGUGGUGCAGCUGCUGAUCGAGCGUGGCUGCGCCUUCGCCGUUAAAAACACCGCCGGCUUCACACCCGCGGACUUUGCCUACUCGCACAGCGUCAAAGCCGCGCUGGAAGCCUUUGGGCGCGUGCAGCACGAGCUGCGCCGACGCCGCUGGCGCGCGGCGUCGUCGAACCACUCGGGCGCCAGCACUGAGGACCUCGGCUUGGCGCAACUUCGGACACACACGCAGGGACAGGGCUCAAAUACUUCGCCGCGCAUGUUCGACGACAGCGUGCUGUACGAGGAUGACCUCGAAGAGAUGGGCUCCUUUUCGCACGGUGGCUCUUUAAGUCGCAAGAGCAGCAAUUCUGACGCCGCAAUGCCGCCCAAGGUCGAGCGGCUACUUGGUACCGCACUGCCCAAUGCAGCGCAUCAAACUCCUGCUAGCCAGGCCGGCAGCGGCGGCGGCGGGGGGAGCAGCUCGACGUUCAGCGGCAACUCGCCUUUCUUUCAGCCCCAAUGGCAGCCAUCGACUUCCUCUCCUCGCGGCUUUGCAGCGCGUUCGGGCAGCAUCUCCGACACAGGCUCCGUGCCGCCCCUUCCGCUGGGGAUAGCUCGACCUCAACUCAACCCGUAUCCCCUGACGCCCAAUACGCGUCAAGCGGACCCAAGUACGCCUAUGAAGCACAGCGGCCCGCUGCCGCAGCCGGUGCGCGAAGACUCGAUUGGCAGCAGUCCGGGCAUGGUGCCCUCUGCAUCAUCGGCAUCGGUAAGCUCUAACAUGGGCUGCAUCGCGAACAAGAUGAUCCUUCAGGAUCAGGCCGCAAUGAGCUCGUAUCUCAGCAGGGCCAAAGCAAGUUCAGGCGGGUCCAGACGGAACUGAGGUGGGGUAAUUACAACGGUGCAAUGCAGUUUGUAUAUAUGUGUGUGUGUG